AUGCGAAAACAGAGGUUUGCGAGUAACGAAACUGCUGCGAAACCGACGUCUACUACGCCAACUCAAAAACGUAAAUUUAAACUCGGUAAAUUUCUGUUCCAAAUAACACUUUUAAGCGGCUUAACUUAUGGUGGAGCUGUGUAUUAUUCUCUAAAAAAUGUUAAAUUUCGAGAAAAUUUUACUGAACACAUUUAUGGAGCAAAACAGGUAGUAGAUUAUGUAGAUGAUCUUCAAAGGCAGGGUGUUUUUUAUGAUAUGAAAAAGAAAGUGUGGCAAAUAGGCAAUAAAUACAUUAAUCUGCCUGAACUACCUGAAGAUAAAUUAAAAACCUCUGAUAUAUCCGAAUUGGCCAAUCAAGGAAAUCCAAUCAUUCGUAAACUUUCCGAUACACUUAAAGAACUUGAUACUAUCAUGGUAAAACACGACCUAAAAAAUGCCGGCGGGAAAAUUUUAUCACGAGCAAAAGAUGAGUUAGGUGAGCUCAGUAAUCAAAUUGAUCAGCUUAAGGCCGAUGAACAGGUUUUGUUGCAAAAAAAAUUAGAAGAACAGAAAGAAAAAUACGAUCAAAUUAUUGCCAAAUAUGAAAAUUCAAUGGAACAACAAGUUAAUGAUAAAGAAAUUGCUCUAAAACAACAAUUUGAUCAAGAGAAACGUGAAUUGUACGAACAUCAUUAUGAACAGCUCAACGCUGAGCUUUCACGUCAAGCAUCAGAACACGAUAAAGAAUUAAAAAACGAACUUGUUCGACAGGCUGUUGACAUGCAACGUCGAUGGGUAAAAGACGUAAUGAUUAUGGUUGAAAAAGAACGUCAUGGGCGUCUAGCAAAAUUAGAUUAUAUCAAUAAGCGCAUCAAAACGCUUGAACGCUUUUGCAUAGAUAACACCGAAAAUUUAGACGCUAGUGUCAAAAUACAUCGUUUAUGGUGCGCAUUGAAAUCACUACAAAAUAUAGUUGAUCAACCUCACAGAACUCCGUUUAUCGAACAGAUUGUUGCAAUGCGCCGUUAUUUUUCAACUGAUGAAGUGGUGUCAGCUGUAUUGUCUACAAUUGAUGAUUCAGUUGCCAUCAAUGGUAUUGAUUCCAUUUCAGAUUUGUCAAAACGAUUUAACACCGUAAGAGAGGAAGUUAGACGUGCUUCUUUAGUUCCUGAAGACGGUGGUGUAUUUUCUCAUCUAUUAUCUUUUGUAUUAUCUAAAAUAUUGUUUCGUAAACACGGACUCGUGGAUGGGAAUGAUGUGGAAGCGAUACUGGCCCGGGUCCAAUAUUAUCUUAACAAAAAUGAUUUGGAUACUGCAGCAAGAGAGUUGAAUCAAUUAGAAGGUUGGCCAAAAAAAUUGGCUAAUGAUUGGAUUAUAUCUGCUAGAAAUCAUUUAGAAGUUAAACAAGCGAUUGAGGUAAUUGAGACGCAAGCUACAUUGUCCUGUCUGUCCAUAGCAUAA